UGAGUUCUAACUAGAAACACGCGUUGACUUAAGAGGAGAAAAUACAGAAGAGAAGAGCAAAAGGAAGAAGAUGAAGCGAUGCCAUGGAAAUUCUGCGAGUUUAUGUAAGCUGAGGAGUACAAUGUUCUUGAUAAUGGCGGCCAUGAUUUUGUUGAGCGAAAAUGGCGGAAUCAAAGCAGCCAUGGCCAGCAAUUCAGCUUCUGCCUUCGUCAACAAUGUCAUCUACUCCAAUCGAAUCGCCGUCUUCUCCAAAUCCUACUGCCCAUACUCUUUGCGAGCCAAGCGUAUAUUCAGAGAACUGAAUGAAGAGCCAUUUGUUGUGGAGCUUGACCUUCGAGAUGAUGGGUCUCAUAUUCAGGAUAUUCUGCUUGAACUGGUUGGUCGACGUACAGUCCCUCAAGUUUUUGUGAAUGGCAAACAUAUUGGAGGCUCAGAUGAUCUUCAGAGUGCUGUAUUGAGCGGGCAAUUGCAGAAGCAUCUCUCGAGUAGCUGACCACUCUUCAAUGAAGAUAUUGAAGAGAAGAACAACCACACAAUUGGUUUUUGUCAAAACAUAUAAUGUUCUAGAUAUGAUCACAGGUCAUGGCUUGUUUUCUACUCAUGCGAACUUUGAUAGGGUUAUAGUUUACAGAUGUCUUGCUAAACUACUUCCGUUUUGUCUUGGUAGAUAAGAAAACAAAAACUUUGUCUGCUGUUUUCAUCAUAGUGUAUACGUUGUAUAUAUACUCCCUUUUAUAAUUCUCUUUCUAGGAAAUGAAUUUGUAAGCUGUUACACAAUUUUGAAUGUUGUAUUCUAAAAUGGUUCUGAACU